AUUUGAUUGAAAUAUUUCAUCAUCAUCAUCAUCAUCAUCAAAAGAGUAAAAAACAGUCGACAAAUGUCGAUUGAUGCCAAAAAAAAAAAUUUGAGCAAAGCAAACGUUUUUUUCCUUCAAACAAAAUUAUUAUUAUCAACUUUUACCCCAUUCCGUAAAUGUUAUUGAUCCAUAUGUGUGUGUGUGUGUGUGUAUGUAUGUAUAUUUGUUGAUUGAAACGAAAAACAUUGACACCAUAUAUUGAUUGAAUGAUGCUAAAUUUAUGAUGAAUGUGUGUGUGUGUGUGUGUGUUCCGAUUUGAUUAUAUAUCUCAUCUUUAUCAACCGGUUUAUGUGUAUCAAUGUCAACAAAAUUCUUGUUAUGAUGUUAAAUAUUGAAUGAAUGAAUUUGCGCAACAAGAUAAAAAACAACAAAUUCAUGAUGAUGAUGAUGAUCAAUGACGACAAAACUGGACAUUCAAAACGACUACGAUAGAUAAAACAUCAACAAUUUUUUUUCACCAUAUUCAUGUAUGUGUGUGUGUUUGUGAUUAGAAAUUUGAUAUCAAACAUUAUCACAUUCAUCCAAAACAUAUACAACCAAAUACGCACAUGUUCUAAUAUUAGAUUCAUCACCAAAUUAAAUGAUAAAUGAUUGAUUGAUUGAUUGAUUGAUUGACGCCCCGGUCCUGAACUGUGUUUAUGUGUACGAAUGAGUGAGUGAUUCAUUCAAAAUAAACACUUCAAAUUUUUUUUUGUUUUAUUUUGUUUCUGGCGACAAAUUGUACAAAUAGAUCGAUGAUCAUUGAUCAAUGAUCAGUCAUUUUUUUCCUUUAUUUUCUUAUACUUAAAACACUAUGUCUCUAUAUUAAAGAUGAUGAUGAUGAUGACAAAAUUUUCAUAUGAUUCAAACGGUGGUGGUGGUGGUGGGAAUGUUUAUGCCACACACACACACACACACACAUUUAUAUGUAUAAAUAUUGAUUUGAUCAUUCAUUUUGAUUUUUAGUCGAACGGUUGUUUGGGAUACCAUUUGUCAACAUUAUCAUUAUUGUUUCAGCAGCAAAACAAACGUCAUCACCCUUUUUAUCCUUUCAAAAAAAAAAAAAUUUUUUUCAUACAGAUUUUUUUCCAUUUUUUUUUGCGUCGAGUAUGUUUACCUACCCGAUUAAUGUGUAUGUUUGUUGUUGUUGUUGCUGUUGUUGUUCAUCGACAAACUAUUGGAUCAAAUUUAUAUAUAAAUUAGAAUCAAUCAAUCAUUGAUUCUAAUCAUCGAUUAGUAAUCGAUUUUUUCAUCUAUAUUCCAACACAAUUGACACAUUAAAUUAAAACAUCAAUAAUAAUAAUAAUAAUAACUUCGCAACUUUCAUAAUCAUUAUCAAUAAUCGAUCACCAUCACCAGUACCAUUUAACAACGUUUGAAUUAAUGUUAUUAUUUGUUUUUGCCAUAUCUUGUCAACACCAAAAAAACUAUAGUAAUCAUUUCAUCAAGUGAAAAAAAGACAAGAAAAUGAAAAAGAGUGAUGCACUGUUAAACUGACAUAUUUUUUUUCUCUUGUGUUUCUUUCUCUUUCUCUGUUUUUUAUUUCAAUUCUGUUUUCUCUCGUCAACGAACGUCUUUUCCACAGAAAAAAAUUGUUAUUAUUUACAUCCAAAACUUUAUUAUAAUUUUAAUCUCCCAAAAUUUAUAAUAACAUCAUAUAGUUUGAGAAUAGAGAGAUUCAGAUGAGAUCAACAACAACAACAACUACAAUCUAAGACCUAGUUUUGUGAUAUAAAACACCAUCAUUAAUUGUAUAGGAAAACUUCAUUAUAUUAUUCAUCUAUCAUCAUCAUCAUCAUCAUCAUCAUCAUUAUCAUCAUGAUCAAGUGGUCCAAUAUAUCGAUCGAAAAUUUAUUAUUCACUUUUAUUAUAUUCUGUUUUGUGAUUAUCCAUUCAACAACUAUCGAUAGUCACCGAUUGAAUCGAUCAAAACGUGAUUGGAAAUCAACAUUGCCGGUUCCUAUACCGAAACCAGGUGAAUAUUCUGAAGGUUAUAUAACACAAUUUUUCAAUCGUAAAAAAUCGAAUCAAACAAAUCUCGAUGAAGAUAUUAUAACGAUCGAUAAUGAUAAUCCAAUGUUCGAUAUUCAAUUGAAUCUGACUCAUCGUUGUAUUUUUGGGACUGAAUAUAAUUGUCCUGCUAAUUUUGAAUGUCGAUCAUUACCACAUUAUGAUGAACGAUUUAGUGUUUGUGUUCAAGUUGAUUGUAGUAUGAAUUGUACAAAUUAUCAUGAAAUUUUUUGUCCUACUGAUAGUAAAAUUGUUCAACAGAUGAUUGAAAUUAAUGGAAAAAAAUGUUGUCUCCAUUUUUGUAACUGUGAUGAAACCAAAUGUACUGUACAAAAAUGUCCCGGUUCACGUCCGGUAGUGUUGAAAAAAGCAAUGAAAAUUCCCAGUAAAUGUUGUGAUCAAAUUGAAUGUAAUCCAUAUAUACCGAAAAAAUGUAUUGGUUUAAAUGGCGAACAAUAUAAUCCUGGUGAUUCAUGGCUUAAAUUAGAUGAUUGUCAUCGUUGUAAAUGCAUUGAUGGUGUACAAAAAUGUGAAAGUAUUAAAAAUUGUCCAUUUAAAUGUUUACCGGUCAAUCACACUGAAAAACUUGAUUCAGAACAAUGUUGUCCACGUUGCAAAGCUUGUAUCGAUGAGAAAGGAAUCAAACAUGAUGAUUCAUCUGCAUGGAUCGAUAAUUGCCGACGUUGUGAAUGUAAAAAUGAGAAAAUCAUCUGUAAUUCACCAUAUGGUGGUCAACAAUUUUGUGAUCGUCCAUGUACAGAGAAUGAACGACGUGAAUGGCAGAAUGAUAAAUGCUGUGAUAAAUGUGAAUGUAAUUUAAAAUGUCCAUUUGGUUUUCAAAUCAAUUCCACUGACAAUCAUAGUCAGCUAUGUAAAUGUAAAGAAAUUCCAAAAACAAAAGUUGAAUUGAUAGAAUCUGAUCAUGGUGCUCAACGACCAGCCAAUGAGAAUAAUCUAACUUCAAUAUGGAUUCUAUUAGGCUUUGCUAUCGUGAUUGUUGUCGGCUCAUUUUGUUCCUAUACGGCAUGUGUUUACCUAAAAAAUCAUUCAAAAACAUCGAAAACAAAUCAUUCACAUAUUUAUGAACAUAUUAAUCAAAAAUUUACUAAUAAUAAUCAUGACGAUGAAGAUAAUGAUCAUGAUAAUGAAUUGAGCCAAAUUAAUGGACAAUCAAAUGGCCAAACAACAUAAACAAGAUUAUUGACUAUUUGUUUAUCCGAAAUCAUCUCUAGUCAUACAACAAUGUUAUAACAUUAACACCACUUUACAUUUGAUUUUUUUUUUUUUUUUUGUAAAAUAAGCAAUUAAAUUUAUAAAUUUGAAUUUACCGCUUUUUUGUGAAUAAAACUUUUUCUUCUGAUA